CAGGCAUCUGCUUCAAUCAUCGCCGUGUAAACAGAUCUGCGCUCGUGAUGGCAUGCGUUCCUCCAGAAACUCAGGUGUCUGCAUUCGAUCUGGAAUUCCACUGUAGGGUCCAGAUAAGACUCCCCGACUCCAGCUUCUUUAUGAAUCCGCGGGUCUGUGGUGAGACUCGUGUGUGAGACAGUGCGGGAAAUGAACGCGGGUUGAGCGCCAUAAAGGUGGGUUUGACCAUUUCUUCUCACAAAACUUUCUCCUUUUGCUGCUUCUAUCUUCCAUUUCAAACCCUGAGGUCUUCCUUUUACAAUGCCGCAGUCCGCUGCACUUCCCAAUCUUACGGGCUCUGUUGUUGACAGCGGGCGCCUCCGUCUUCACUCACUUGUCGGAUCCGGAGCAUAUGGCAAAAUCUACAAGGCCGAGCGGACCUCUUCUUCUACGAUCUGCGCGGUCAAGUGUCUGCGCCGCCCGAAACACUCGCGCCGGGAUGCCAAAUUUCAACAACGCGAGGCGACUCUGCAUCAGCUUGCCUCGGCGCACGAGAACGUCUUGACGAUGCACAGUACCUUCCAAGAUCGCGACCAUAAUUACUUUGUCUUCGACUACAUCGCUGGGCGCGACAUGUACCGCGCCAUUCUGAACGGCCGUUACCGCCGCAACGCGGAUCUCGUGCGGAGGGUCUUCGCUGGGAUCGUUGAGGGUAUCCGCUACUGCCAUUCGCAGGGCGUGUAUCACCGGGACCUCAAACCCGAGAACAUCCUGGUCGACAUCGCCGGCGGGAACCCGCGCAUCGCUGAUUUCGGGCUGGCCACGCACGAUCCGGUUUCAGACGACUUCGACUGCGGGAGUCCUGCGUACAUGUCCCCUGAAUCUUUCAAUGUGACCUAUACCGUGUCCUACCGUCCGCGGGACAGUGAUGCGUGGGCGCUGGCGAUCAUCUUGAUCAACAUGGUCACAGAAAUGAAUCCGUGGACCCGUCCUAUCCGAACCGAUCCGCGCUGGGUUUCGUAUCUCUCCGACCCGCUCAACUUCUUGCGUGAAAUUGUCCCGAUCUCGACACAUCUCAACGAGCUGCUAGUCUGUGCCCUCGACCCGCUGCCCGUUCGGCGUCCUUCGCUUCUCGAGGUCCGCAAUGAAGUGUUGGGAAUGACGGAGCUCUAUAUGUCGCCGGAGGAACUCAGAACGGCACCCAGCGCAGUCCAGCGCGCUGCCGGGGUCGCCGGGUUAGUGUGUGAUGAGAGUGACUGCAGCAGUGCUAGCGCAUCCGUAGCCGUACGACAACUCGUCCGGAUCCCUGCUCCUGCUUCUCCUCCACGGGCAGAGCCGCAAUCUCAUCUGUCGGUCGCGAAGGCUCCGCGUCGGGCGUCGACUCCCCGCUCCGACUGCAGCACACCGCAAGAGCUGAUCGUCGAGUUUCCGCUGAUGCCAGCACCUUCCCCGUCGGCUUCGUCCCUGUCGUCUUCGAUUCCCCAGCCGCAAGUUGCGUGGUGCCAAGAAGAUCUGGACUGGGAGUUCCGCCAGGACGAAAAGCGACAACGAAGUAAGCUGCGCAAACUGAUGGAUAAGGUCGGGUCGGUCUUUCGCAAGAAGGAGGAAGUGACUGCGCCGAAGGAUCUGGCUGUCUGUUGAGCGUCCUCACUUCGUGUAGGUGAGCGUCCUCACUUCGUGUAGUUACGGCUUACUUUGAUUCUACUCCACCUGUAUGUCACUGGGCGAUUUUUCUUCAACUCUUCGUGUCUUCUAAAAGCCUCUCAGGCCAAUAAUCAAUGCAAAACAGAUGCUCUUCCGGUUUAUGACUGCUCGCAUUUGUUUUUGCCUUUUAUUCGAUUGCAUCCCCGUCGUCUUUAUUUUGGAUUACGAUGAAACUCCAAACUAUAAUACCACAAAACUUCGAAUGUCAGACUUUCUACUCCUACUGAGUUCGUCUUCCGUCUUGCUGGAAGGCUUGUGCAUAUACAGUCACGGCCGUUUUAAAGGGCCCAACCCAAAUCGGGAAGGAGCCUGGGAAGUGCCGUCAACUGGCUGAUCACUGAAGUUUAGAUAGAAUCUGGGCCCUUGAUUGAUGUCUGGGCGGAUCCCAUUCCCAAAAUGGUAUAGGACUUCGGGCUCUGUCGGAACGGGUUGAUACGGAUGAUCAGAUCCUAAUCUUCAUUACGGACUUCAUGUAUGCACGUGUUUUCAAAUCUGA